CCCCUGGGUCCAUGUCACAAUCUAUUUGGAAUAGUAAAGUGUGGUGAGCGAAGUGAGCCCGCGAGGGUCCAAUGCUGCAUAGGAAAAAAAAAAUUACCCCAAAAGAAAACAUUUAGCUGCUGUAAGGGCGGAAGUUCUCUCCUGCCCUCUUGUUUUGUCACUUCCAGGUCCUGAGCACGAAGGUAACAUAGACGUGCUGUCCUUGCAGAGAGCAUUAGAGACAUGUCCCAAAGCAGCAGCAGGAGGGUGGUGCUGAUAUUUGGGGGGUUUGUUGCUGCAGUAGCCGCAGCCUUCUACCCCAUCUACUAUCACCCACUGGAGCACAUAGAGGACUACAAGAAAGAACAAACUGUAAACAGAGCAGGUGUCAUACAGGAAAAUGUACAGCCCCCAGGCUUAAAAGUGUGGAGCGACCCCUUCUCCAGAAAGUAAAACAGACUUGGGAAACAUUUCAGUUACGGACACUUUGUCAUUGGCUUUUGACAAUAAAUAUUAAUUCCUUCUGA